ACCCCUGAUGAUGGGGUGGACUAGGAUGGGAAACACACAUGCGUGCUCACACACACCCUGCCACUGGACUUGGCAACCCUACCUGAACCUAUUCUAUUGGUUCCCUUUGCUCCCCAGAGCUCCCUAGGGUAAGGGGAGUAGCCCCAGUCUACUCCAACCAGGGAUCCAAAAGCUGUUCCCGUGGGACUGGAGAGGUAACCCUGGGGUUAAGAACACUGGCUACUCUUCCAGAGAACCAGGGUUCAAUUCCCAGGACCUCCAUAGGGGCUCACAACCAUCCAUAACUUCAGUUCCAUCAGAUUCAACACCCUCCUCUUUGGGCACCAGACACACACAUAGUACUCAGACAUACAUGAAGGUAAAACAACCACAUAUAUGGAAAACUUCAAUGCCAGGGAGAGCAGUGGCCACAGUGGCACUGUCAGUCUAGCAUUUGCUUCACUGAGGCAGAAGGAUCAUAGGGAGUUUGAGGCCAGCUUGGAUGCAGAAUGAUGAGACCCUGUCUAAAUAAAUCAAUAAAUGCCAGGACACAAGGUGGCUGUUCCCGCCCCCAGCUCUAUCAAUUCCUCUGUAGGGUUGAGACCAAGUACUGCCCUAAGCCAUGGAGUCCUGCUUGACCUGGGGCCUCCAGCCUGCAUGGCUUUGCAGUUCUGCCCAUUUGGCCCAAGCCACAGAGCACACACCUACCCCAACCACCUCCCUUUAGUGGACUCUGGAGAUUCCCAUUCUGUCCCUAUGCUGACUUCUCUCCCGACCCAAGGAGAAUUUCCCUGCACCUGACUGCCUCACUUCACCAGCUUUGGGUGGCACUGGUGUCGUCGUCCUCACUGCUCAUGGCCUCCUGAAGGCCAGAAACAGAUCUCUCUAGAGUCAUCCACAGUCUGCUUCCCAGCCAUUCUUAAGACAAAGAUAGCAGGAAAGGACAGGGCCACUCCGUCAUCACCACCCAGUCCUCCCCAUGUUCUUGCAGAUGCAGCAAUAGGUUCUGCCCUUGACCAGGUGAUAUGUGAAGGCCCUGGCCCGGCUUUACACCUGCCAUAUUGUGCUUUACUAUGUGACACUAUCAGGCCGAAACGGGCACCAGAAUGUGGAAGGCCCUGACCCAAGAUCCCAGGUCCCAGACUUGGAUGUGCCCAUUUCAUAGAAUUGGAGAUAGGCCUGGAAAAAUGGAGUGAGGAGGCCUGGCCUGGGAUGGGCAGGCCCAAGACAAAAGUCCAGGAGGCUUAGAGCACAGGGACCGGCACCAGUGAUGCCAUCUGGAUGGGCAGUCCCCACCCACAACUUCUGCAGAGCUGUUUGUGGUACGAAAAAUAGACUGAGUUACUUCCUCCUGUGGCCCUCUUUCCCACCACCACACCACCUCCCCCAGCAUGUGGCCCCACACCAGGAAAGCACUUUGAAUUCCCCAGGGAGGUGAGUGGGCCGGGCUGGCUGCUUUAAGGGGAGAACUCAGAGGCUCUGUUCUGCUGUCCUCUCCAAGAGAGCUGGAGUACAGCUACCUGGGUGGGAGGUGGCAGGGAAUGCACCCCAGAACCUAGGACUGGGAGGCAGGAGAAGGGAGCUAGUCCAGGGCUUGGGAAAAGGGUCCCAGGAACUCUGACGGAUUAAGAUUAGGUCUGGGGAAAUACAUGCCCAGAGAGGAAGGAAAGAGACAGGCUGGGGGUCCCUAACCCCCAUCACAGUUACCCCACUUCUCCACUGACAGCAGCUGCCACUUGAGCCAUGGCUUGGCUGGCCCCACACCAUACCCUUGUGGCCAUCCUCCUGGGUCUGGCAGCCUCUCUGAACUGGAAGGCAGCCUCCAGCCUGAAUCCCUUCGAGAAGUGCAUGGAGGACCCUGACUAUGAGCAGCUGCUCAAGGUGGUGACCUGGGGCCUCAAUCGGACCUUGAAGCCCCAAAAGGUGGUAGUUGUUGGUGCAGGUAUAGCCGGACUGACAGCCGCCAAGAUGCUCAGCGAUGCAGGACACAAGGUCACCAUCCUGGAGGCAGAUAAUAGGAUUGGGGGCCGCAUCCUCACCUUCCGGGAUGGGAAGACCGGCUGGAUAGGGGAGCUGGGGGCCAUGCGAAUGCCCAGCUCCCACAGGAUCCUGCACACACUCUGUAGGAGCCUGGGCCUCAACCUGACUCAGUUCACACAGUAUGAUGAGAACACAUGGACCGAGGUAAAUGACGUGAGGCUGCGGAACUACGUGGUGGAGAAGAUGCCAGAAAAGUUGGGCUACAACCUGAGCCACAGGGAGAGAGGCCGUUCCCCAGAGGACAUCUACCAGAUGGCACUCAACAAGGCCCUCAAGGACCUCAAGGCCUUGGGCUGCAAGAAAGCCAUGAAGAAGUUCAAUAGGCACACGCUCCUGGAAUACCUCCUUGGGGAGGGCAACCUGACCUGGCCAGCGGUGCAGCUCCUGGGAGACGUGAUGUCCAAGGAGGGCUUCUUCUACCUCAGCUUUGCAGAGGCAUUACGUGCCCACAGCUGCCUGAGCGACCGACUUCGGUACAGCCGCAUCGUGGGUGGCUGGGACCUGCUUCCUCGAGCGCUGCUGAGCUCAUUGUCCGGGCCGGUGCUGCUGAAUGCGCCUGUGGUGGCAAUCACUCAGAGAGCGCACGAUGUGCUCCUGCACAUCGCCACUUCGGUACAGUCUCAUAGCCUGAAGGUGCUGAUGGCCGACCUGGUUCUGCUGACGGCUAGUGGGCCUGCGCUGCAGCGCAUCACUUUCUCGCCGCCACUGACACGCAGGAGGCAGGAGGCGUUGCGCGCGCUGCACUACGUGGCAGCCAGCAAGGUUUUCCUGAGUUUCCGCCGGCCCUUCUGGCACGAGGAGCACAUCGAGGGCGGCCACUCCAACACUGACCGCCCAUCGCGCCUCAUAUUCUAUCCGGCGCCGGGCGAGGGCUCACUACUACUGGCCUCAUACACGUGGUCGGAUGCUGCAGCCCCUUUCGCCGGCCUGAGCACAGACCAGGCCAUGCGUGUGGCGCUCAAGGACGUGGCGGCCCUGCAUGGGCCAGUCGUGUACCGCCUGUGGGAUGGCACGGGCGUAGUCAAACGCUGGGCAGAGGACCCGCACAGCCAGGGUGGCUUUGUGGUGCAGCCGCCAUUGUUUGGGCAGGGGGAUGAAGACUAUGACUGGUCAUUCCCUUAUGGUCGCAUUUACUUCGCGGGUGAGCACACAGCCCAUCCACAUGGCUGGGUAGAGACUGCUGUCAAGUCCGCAUUGCGGGCGGCAGUGAAGAUCAAUAACCAUGUGUUCAGGGUGCCCAGUCCCCAGAAGCAGGAGCAUGCCAGUUUCCAGAAGCAGGAGCGCACACAUGCAGAGGCCAGCGAGGAUCAGGAUCAAGAGGUCAGCACAGGUGAGCCGCGGCAGGAAGAAAUCCUAGAGGGGCAGGAGACCCCCCACGAAGAGACCAGUCCGGAGGGACACGUGUUUGUGGAGGCCAUCCCUGAGUUGCGGGGGCAUGUAUUCGUAGAGACCAUUCCCCAGAAGGAGCAUAUGCAUGCACACAAGAAUAUGCCUUCACACGGGCAUGGGCAUGUCAUCCCUGAAGUGCAUGGGGGACACAAGCACUUGGGAUCUGGUACCCAGCGGCAUCGGCAUCUGCACGGAGGGGCAGGUCACACUCCGUGCAAAGAGGAAAGAGGCACCCAGCCCCCAACCCAGUCUUAUCUAGAGCAGGCCACCUACAAUAAUAGCCCACAAUAAAGUUAUUAUUAUUUUUUUUUGUUAAA